UGAACGGAAUCAUGUCGCACUUUCCUGACUUCCCGUUAGCCUUCUCAGCGCUGGGCGCUCAGUGGGUGGUGCAGCAGUAACGGCACACCGCCAGGCGCCAGAGAGUAGUUUGCAACAAAAGUAAAAACUAAAACAAACCGAAGCCAAAAAAAGGCGAAAUCGAAAGAGCUACAGCUCUGCGCGUGGAAAUAAAUAAACAUAAAUCUUGUGGCAAGCCGUCAGUAAAUCAUCAAAUUAAUAGCCCCGCACACACACACACGCUCAGCUGUGGUGCGAGCCAGCGAAGAAGAAGAGGCGGCAGAAGGAAGUGAAAUUGGCGGCAGUUUGACCGCAACAACAACAACAGUACGCCUGCAACACACACACGCACGCGUUCGUCACCAGUGGUGGUGCUGCCCCACACCCCUCCCUCCCCCGCCCAUCGAGCCAUUGUGACAUUUGAUUUAUUUGACGUGUGUGUUUUUGAUAGAAGCUCAACACGAACCGACACACACACAUGCAUAACAUACAUAUGUAGCACACAUACGAGUCGCCAAAGAAUUUAUUUAGUGAACGAAAAUAAAACCAAAGUUCUUUUCGCGCACAUUUGAUUUCGGUUUGGAUUUGAAGUGAAGUGUGACCGCGAAGGGAGCCAAAAACACACAAUAAAAGUUGGAACAACAAAACACCAGCCCUAUCAGGGGGCAGACGGAGUUAAUUGCCACACAGCCAAAGUAAUCUACAUAGCCUUCGCAGGGAGAGGCACCGAAAAUCACACAUCUCAAAUCACACAUCUCAAAUCUCGAAUCUCAAAGCUCGAAUCUCAAAUCUCGAAUCCCAACAAUUCCCACAAAAUGAUGCUGCACGAGGCCGUCAUGCUGGAGAUCUAUCGCCAGGCGUUGAGUGCAAGCGAGCUGGCCAGCCCGCGGUGUCAGUCCCGGGAGUCCAACACCUCAGCUGGGGCGGGAAACGGAUCCGGCGACGUGCGCUGUCCCUCGAACGAGUCGCACUGCUCGGCCAACGAUCGCCUGACCCCGGCUGCCACGCCCACGCCCACGACCACGCCCAUCUCGCCCCACUCCGUGGGUCUGCCGCUGACGGCGACGCUUCCACCCGCGGCUGCAGCUGCCCUGCUGCCUCCCCAGUCCGCCGCCAUGGCUGCCUACCUGGCAGCCGCCCAACAGAAUCACCUGCUGCUGACGAAUCCCCUGGCGGCAGCAGCGUCACUGGUCCAACAGGCCACGCAGCAGGCGGCGGCGGAGGAUGUGGAGUCCCCGGCCCUGGACUUUAGCAGAAAGCGGCCCACGAGCGACAACGAGGAGGAGGAUCAGGAUCAGGAACAGGAGGAGCAGGAGCAGGAGCAAGACUUGGAGCAGGAUGCACAGGGCGACACGGUGCCCCUGGACCUCUCUGUCAGCACAAGAAAGAGGCACGGGGAGGACUCCCCGCCAGCCAGGAAGAUUCCCAGGAGCAUAUCGGCGGACUACAAGUCACCUCUGCCUCCCGGCAGCUGGAUGCCGCCCAUUAAUCCCUAUCUGGCGGCUGUGGCAGCCAAAACGGGGGGACUGGGCAACUCCAAGAUGGCACCCAGUGAGGCCAGCAAGGCACUGGAGAAGAUGAGCGAGAUGAGCAGAAGGGAAACGCCGCCACCAGUGCCCAGGAGCUCAACAGGCGGAGCAGCAACGGUGGGAUCAGGGCCAGCCGGAGGAGGAGCAGGAUCCAGCUCCGGUGGCCGUCACAGCGCCUGGCAGUCGCACUGGCUGAACAAGGGCGCCGACGCCGCCAAGGAUGUGUUCAAGUGCGUGUGGUGCAAGCAGAGCUUCUCCACGCUGGCCAGCCUCACAACCCACAUGAAGGAGACCCAGCACUGCGGCGUCCAGAUACCCUCGCCCUCGUCGGCCGGCGGAGGAGCAGGUGGAGCACCCAGCGCAGCGCCUCCCUCCAGGCUGCCCACUUCCGCGUCCAACUCAGCCUGCUCCAGCAGCAGCAGCACCACAUCCAGCUCCUCCAACUCCUCGAAGUCCGAGCUGAACAUGCUGAUCAAGGAGACGAUGCCGCUGCCCAGGAAACUGGUGCGGGGUCAGGACGUUUGGCUGGGCAAGGGAGCGGAGCAGACCCGCCAGAUACUCAAGUGCAUGUGGUGCGGCCAGAGCUUCCGUUCGCUGGCCGAGAUGACGAGCCACAUGCAGGAGACACAGCACUACACGAACAUCAUCUCGCAGGAGCAGAUCAUAUCCUGGAAGUCGGGCGACGAGCGGGAAAGGCCCUCGAAUGGUGGCGGUCCUCCGGCAGCCACUGCUCCUCCGCCCCCUUCAUCGGCUGGCGGUGCAGCUCCCUCCGUUAGUGCCGUGCUCACCUGCAAAGUGUGCGACCAGGCCUUCGGCACCCUCAAGGAGCUGAGCAGCCACAUGGCCCAGCAGUCGCACUACAAGGAGUCGCCCACUUCCUCGGCCUCGCCACCAGCCCCCGGUGCGGCGAACUCCAAGAGGGGCAGGCAGAAUCGCAACGAGAAGCGCAAGAAAUCUUUGCCCGUGAGGAAGCUCCUGGAGCUCGAGCGUUCCGGAUCGAACUCCAGCCUGGAUUCCGCUUUAAAGCCACUAAGGGACUUUGCGGCCGCCACCAAGAUCACCUGCGAGAAGUGUGGCAGCAAGAUAGAAACAGCCCUGUUUGUGGAGCACAUUAGGAAGUGCCUGGGCGAGAGCAUUCCCAUUCCUCCCAGGCGAUCCGCUGCGGCUGGAGUGGAGCGUCUGCCGAGUCCCAGCGCGGGAAUUGGCGGUGAGAAGCCACCAUCGGUCCUGAAUGCCCUGGAGCAGCUCAUCGAGAAGAGCUUCGAGUCGAGGGCGGGAAGAGCCAUGACUCCUGGUGGCUACUCGGAGGCCGGAACGCCGCUGGGAGCCAGCAUCCUGAAGCGUCUGGGCAUCGACGACAGCAGUGACUACACGAAACCCCUGAUGGACGCCCAGGCGAUGCACCUGCUCCGAUCCUCCUACGCUUCGCGGGAUCGCAGUGCCAGUGAGUCGAGCUCGGCCAGCCGGGUGGAGUCCUCUUACACCCCGGACAGACAGCAGGCCACGCCUCGCCGGACUCCCGACACCCCUGCCCCGCCUCCUCCGCCGCCGCCCACCAUUAAGGCGGAGCCGCCGGAGGCGGAACCUUCGAUGGGUGGUGGGUCGGGGGAUCGGGAGAGCUGCAGUCCCCGACAACAGAUCCAGGUGAAGAAGGAGUUCAGCAUGGAGGCGAGUCGGGAGAGUCCCCGCUCCGCCGGCGAAUCUCCUGCUCCGGAGAGAGGAGGCUCUGCGUCGGAUAAUGGCAGCCUGCUGGCCCUGAAUUCCAUGUUCGAUCAGUUGAGUGGGGCGGAGAAUAACAACAAUAACAAUUCCGGACACUGCUACAACAACAACAACACUUCGAGUGGCAUGGCGACCAAGAAGCCAAAGGCCCAUCCCCUGGCUGCCCUGCAGAAGCUGUGCGAGACCACGGAUCCCCCUGCAACGCAUCCCCGCAGCGGCUCCUCCGGCGGCUCGGCAUCAGCCGCCAGUGGCAGCGACCUGGUGGCCUUCAGCUGGGCCUGCAACGAGGCCGUCCUGAGUGCCAGCAGCGGUGGCGCCGGCGGCGACGCGGCCAUCAUCAAGUGCUCCUUUUGUGAUACGCCGUUUGGCUCGAAGGGCGCCUACCGCCACCACCUGUCCAAGGUGCACUUCUUGAAGGACGCUGGCGAGGAGUCGCCCCGGCUCAAGUCCCCCGCCGCCCAGAGCCCCAAGUCGCUGCCCAUGGCCUCGCCCAAGAGAUCGGCCUCCAGGAGCCCGGCGACGGGACCUCAGCAGCAGCAGCCGCCUCCAUCGCCCACCAUUAAUCCCUAUGACGAGAGUCCGCAGUCCAAGUUCCUCAAGUACACGGAGCUGGCCAAGCAGUUGUCCUCGAAGAAUGCCUAAGAAUCUCCGCAGGGUUCAGCACAAGAUUAUCAGACUGGAGAAUUGAGAACUUACAGAAAAGUUAGGAACCCUAUAAAAAUAUGAACUCUAUUAGCAAACAGAUUGGUUAAAAAAGGGCAAUUCAUAAGGAAAGAGAUGCCUAGUAAUAAGAUCUCAAUUUUGUUAAGUGAACUUUCUUUAGCUUUUCAUUGGCAAUACGAUUUUUUUUAUAAGAUAAAAUUUAAUUUCUUUAUUAUCUCAAAAGAUUUACCUUUAAAAAAUAGAAAUAUGUUAUACUAAUCCUGAGCUUUAGCUUAGCCAUGAGAUAGUUGAUAUUGUUUCAAGUUACCCUUUAAAAUCAAAUCUAUUUGCGAAAACUCAAGCGAUCCUAUCUGUUUGCUAAGAGAUACAUUCUAUCGAAAAGAUCCCAACUGACUUCAAAAGCACUGAAAUUCCCAACUGAACACAGAAGUUCCGAAAGCUCUCGGCAUUGAUUUCUGAUCUGCAUUUACGCUCUCUCCCUCUCGCGCUCUCGCCAACAUUUUGCAGACUCUCUCCCUCUCUUACCGCUGCACACCCACACACGCUCACAGGGAUUUCCCCUACUUUUGCUGAAUUUGCCAAGACAUUUCCCCAGUCUCGGCGCUCUCUUAGACAAGAGUUUCCCCUGCGCCGGUGACGUCACGGCGAUGCUGGUCCGCUUUUUAUUGUUUCCCAAUCGGACAGUCGCAGACGCAGUCGGACGUGCGAGCGAGAGAGGGCUAGUGGGCAGCUGGAAAUUCAAUUACCACCACUUUGACGAACUGCUGUCCAUCAAGGCGCGUCGGACAGGGACGGCCAUAGUAGCCGAGUGACGAAAGGCGACGACACGAGUUCGUCAAACUGCGAUUGGAUGGGGGCGAGAGAGACGGCGCGAGCGAGCCCCAGUGGGUGGGGAUGAGAGCCCGACCGAGAGCGGGAGCGGGAGAGUGAGUGAGCGCUACGAUUGAGUGGCAAAUUGGAAUUGGAUUUCGAAUUGGAGUGCAAUUGGAUUCGAAUUGGAGUGCACUCAGCGCAAAACGAGUCAAAGAUUACUUAUUUAUUAUGCCGCAGUUCCUGGUCAAAAACAAAAAGAAAUGAAUAGAAGCGUGCCAAAAAAUUCGAGAUACUUAAAUCUAAUAAGCUAAACUAACACAAUUAAAUCACUACUCCUAAGCGAAUACAAAACAAACGGAACGCAGUAUACGUAAAGAACACUUAAAAGAAAGUUAACCUCAUUGGAUGGCGACUUUUAACCAUCAAGUAUAGGCCUCAUACGAACUAAUGACGCAUUGAGUAAUGUAAAUACUAGCCAAUAGCACUUUCCUUCCAUACGUCUAAAGAAUAUCAAUAUUUACAUAAAGACACAGAGAUAUAGAACGUCGAAAUCAAAAUGUAGCCACAGCAACGCAUGUAUACGGAAAACAAUUUUAAAAAUUAUAUAUACACCUAUGAACUAUAUACCAUACGUAUAGACCUACCCAUGUAUACCAGCAACUCCAGUCUCAACCAUAACUAAGAAUCUUGAAUAUCUAACCUAAGACCUAAGCCUAAGAGGGGGAGAAUGUAAAACAUUUCACUAUUAUCAACACAAUCACUAUUGUCGUCGCCUCUCGUCGCGAACGAUCUAUAUCUGUAUAUCUAUGAUAUAUGGCAACUAUGUAUACGACUUGUAUUUGAGUUUUUGUGAUAUUAUUUUUAACGAAACCGUUCGCUUCCUUCUCGCCACGCCCCAAACGCCCCGAAAACACCCCUAUAUAUCCUGUAACACCUCCCACCCCGCCCCUAGACGUAAGUGUAAGUUAUAUAAUGCAAUAAAGGCGCAGCAUUCAAAAUACAAUUACCAUGAUUUUCUCUCCUUGGACUUGACCCAAUUGAAAACUUUGAUUCCAAAUUAGCGUGCGUAAUAGCAAGG